CUAAUGCUCAGACGUCUCUGGCUUGGCGUUGCAUCUCGACGACGUCACAACUGCAUCGAUAAUACUUCCAGCUAGUUCUCGCCUCAAAUAUGCACGCUUUGAUCCUGCUCCUGAUAAUCUCGUUGCGUGUGAGCUUAACAGUCGCCUGCCACUCGUUCAAGGACACGAAUAUCACAGUGGUCUCCCAGGUCGGAGAGAAGUACCACACUGUGGUGAGUGGAUGUCUGGAAAGGAAGAUGUUCGAGGCGACGAUCGCGGAGAUUUACGUGGAGAAGCAGGUGGUACCGAGGCUGGAAAGGGACGCAGUGAGGCAUCUGUGGAACCUUGUGGUGUUUGGGGUUAGUGAGUGCGGGGUGGGGGUUGUGGAGGCGGGUUUGUUCAGGAACGUGCCACGGCUGCGAGAGGUACGGAUCGUACGGAAUGAGCUAAAAGAGGUACCCAAAGGCGUCUUCUCCACCCUCGACCAACUCGAAAUCGUCGACCUAACCCACAACGAAAUCACAAAAAUCGAACCUGAAGCCUUCGGCAACUCGACCACCCUCAAACAAGUCACCGUCGCCUACAACCACCUCCACCUCUGGUCCGCCGACUGGUUCCACAACAGCACCAACCUGCAAACCAUCGACUUCCAACACAACAAAAUCCAAGUCCUGCCGCGCCGCGCCUUCCACGACUUGCCACACCUCACCACCAUCUCCUUCGACUACAACGAACUGGAGCUCAUCCACCCCGAAGCUUUCGCCGCCAUCGCCCGCCUCAAGUACCUCGGUUUACGCUACAACAGACUCAAGGCCCUCAACCCGAGGAGCUUCUCGAGAGGCCUGAUCAUCGACAGGAUGGCGAUCGAUGCCAACUACCUUAAUUUUCUCAAGACGGGGUUACUGGCCAGCUUGGAGGUGAAGGAGAUGAUCCUGAACGGGAAUCCGUGGAAGUGUCCCUGUCUGGACGAGAUUCACCAGUGGCUGUUCCAGAACAAUGGCACAGUGACAACGCCGGAUUUUUGCAAAGGGCGCGAUAUUCCGGUGUGUUGUUCGCCGUCUACGUAUUCGCAUACGUGCAGAGAGACGAUCGAUGACGAGCUUACGGGGUAUUAUCUCGGGAAAUUGAAGUUGAUGAGUCCGCCGGUGAACGAGCAUUGUGCGAGGCUGGACAGGGUGAUGUGGCAGGGGAGAUAA